GCGGCCCGGGCGCGGAGACCGCGAUGGCGAACGCGAGCGAGCCGGGCGGCGGCGGCGGCGAGGCGGCCGCGCUGGGCCUGAAGCUGGCCACGCUCAGCCUGCUGCUGUGCGUGAGCCUGGCGGGCAACGUGCUGUUCGCGCUGCUCAUCGUGCGGGAGCGCAGCCUGCACCGCGCCCCGUACUACCUGCUGCUCGACCUCUGCCUGGCCGACGGGCUGCGCGCGCUCGCCUGCCUCCCGGCCGUCAUGCUGGCGGCGCGGCGGGCGGCGGCCGCCACGGGGGCGCCGCCGGGCGCGCUGGGCUGCAAGCUGCUCGCCUUCCUGGCCGCGCUCUUCUGCUUCCACGCCGCCUUCCUGCUGCUCGGCGUGGGCGUCACCCGCUACCUGGCCAUCGCGCACCACCGCUUCUACGCCGAGCGCCUGGCCGGCUGGCCGUGCGCCGCCAUGCUGGUGUGCGCCGCCUGGGCGCUGGCGCUGGCCGCGGCCUUCCCGCCGGUGCUGGACGGCGGCGGCGGCGGCGACGACGAGGACGCGCCGUGCGCCCUGGAGCAGCGGCCCGACGGCGCCCCCGGCGCGCUGGGCUUCCUGCUGCUGCUGGCCGUGGUGGUGGGCGCCACGCACCUCGUCUACCUCCGCCUGCUCUUCUUCAUCCACGAUCGCCGCAAGAUGCGGCCCGCGCGCCUCGUGCCCGCCGUCAGCCACGACUGGACCUUCCACGGCCCCGGCGCCACGGGCCAGGCGGCCGCCAACUGGACGGCGGGCUUCGGCCGCGGGCCCACGCCGCCCGCGCUGGUGGGCAUCCGACCCGCGGGGCCCGGCCGCGGUGCGCGCCGCCUGCUCGUGCUGGAGGAGUUCAAGACGGAGAAGAGGCUGUGCAAGAUGUUCUACGCCGUCACGCUGCUCUUCCUGCUGCUCUGGGGGCCCUACGUGGUGGCCAGCUACCUGCGGGUGCUGGUGCGGCCCGGCGCCGUCCCGCAGGCCUACCUGACAGCCUCGGUGUGGCUGACCUUCGCGCAGGCGGGCAUCAACCCAGUGGUGUGCUUCCUCUUCAACAGGGAGCUGAGGGACUGCUUCAGGGCCCAGUUCCCCUGCUGUCAGAGCCCCCAGACCGCGCCGGCCACGCUCCCCUGCGACUUGAAGGGCAUCGGCUUGUGAGGGGCUCCCCGCCGCCACACCCCCAAGCCCCCAGCGUCCCCUCCGGCUUGGACAGUGACCUCACUUCUCCCCGUCUUGUCCCCUUUUCGAUUUUAUAAGCUGCCUUCAAAGCGACUCUCAAAGUGGACGCACACUCGGAGUGGACGGACUCCAGCUUGGAGGCGGGGGAGGGGCAACUCCGCAAACUCGUCCUCCUCCAUACCCCCUCUUCCCAGGGUGGCCCUGCAGUCUUUUUGUACUGGUUCUGCCUUUU